AUGUCUUCGUCGAGCAAUCGAUAUGCUGUUUUGGGGGAAGUCUCCUCCAGCUCGAAAGAGCAGCAGCAAGACACAGCUCAACCAGGUCCUCCCGCCCAAGGAGAGGGUCUGUCAAUGGGGAGUCUCGAGAGUUCUCUCCCUCGUGUGCUUUCCAGAGAAGAAGGUCUGGCAGAGUACAAGAAACGGAGAUUAGCAUGGAAAGAGGAGCAGGCACAGGAAGACGAGAGAAAGAAGAGGCGACAGGUCACCUCAUCGACGUUGGUGCCGAGGCUAAUCCCCUCCGCAGCUCCAGAGUCAGAUGACGGCAUGGAGGUAGAAAAGGAAUUCAACUGCCAGAACAUCAUCAACCUCGACAGACGUACCCGGUGCGUUUUCGGAUACGAAGACGCAAAGGGAGACUUCACAGACCCCCUCGACAGCCUAUGA